AUGAUAAAGAGUUUGGCUGGUAGUAGUCGUAUUCUUCGAGGUGCUACUACAUGUUUGUUGACAACAACAACAACUACAACACAAGCUCUGAGAUGGAGCAUUAGAUAUUACUGCAACAACACAACAACGACUACUGCACUACCACCUUAUCGUAUACUAUUCUUUGGUACCGAUGAUGUAUCUAUUCAUACUCUGACUAAGCUUCAUGAGAACAACAUGUUGAAGACUGGUAUGAUCACUCCGACGUCAUCAUCGUCAUUGUCAACACCACAAACUACACGUGUAGUGGAGGAGAUAGCAGUAGUAUGUCCAAACAACUCGAGUGAGUUGGUGUAUCAGUAUGCCCGCGAUAAUAAGAUACCAAUGUACCAUCCGGAUGAUGAGAAGGGUAUGAAGAACUUCCAGGUGCCACUGUCUCCCUCCAAUCAACCCUUUGAUCUAGCAGUGGUCGUAUCAUUCGGAUACUUCAUACCAAAGGCAGUGUUGGCAUCGUUCAGAUACGGUGGACUAAACAUGCAUCCGUCAUUGCUACCGCGCCACAGGGGUGCCGCGCCAAUCUAUCACACACUGCUCAAGGGUGACAAGGAGACGGGCAUCUCUGUCAUCAGACUGGACGCCAAUCGAUUCGAUGUAGGUGAUAUACUACAACAGAGGCGCAUAGCCCUCGACCCUCUCACAAUGUACACUCCUCUGCGGCAUGAACUGGCCACGACAGGCGCGGGCAUGGUCUUGAGCACCCUUACCGACUUCCCCGAGGCGGCCAAGAAUGCCUGGCCGCAGGGAGAGGACGGCGCGACAAAGGCACCAAAGGUCAACAAGCUACAGAGUCGCAUCGAUUGGGCCGCGCAUGACAUCACUACCAUAUGGCGCCUGUUCAGAGCGUUUGGCGACAACAUUGGCAUACACACAACGAUAUACAGCAAGAAGUACAAGGCUUGGAAGAGGCUGAGGUUCACUCAGAUGGUGCCCCCGCCACAUACCCUGGAAGACAGCAUACUUGAAGAUCAAUAUGUUCGCCUGCAAUUGGUAAUCAGAAGCGGUCGUCUCAACAUGGACAGCGUCAAGCCAGGCUCAUACUUCCUCAAUUCUGGCGUGAUGUGGGUGCGAUGCGCCAAUGAUGGAUGGGUAGGCUUCACCAGUGUACACGAGGAGGCCAAAAAGAAAGAGGUCACCGCAGCCGAGUUCCUCUUUGGCAAAGGAGUCGUGUCGCCUGGUAGCGCAGCAGCAGACACAAUAGCGACACUUCCGGAAACUCAGCAUGUUGUCUAA